CCCCGACCCUAGGUCGAUGAUAUAAUUGUCAACCACCUUGUCCCCGCGCGAAACAGCCACUCGCAAUCCACUCACAUACCAUGUCAUUGGCGCAAGCUACGAAAAACGAUAUGCCGUACCAAGUGCGCUCUCUUUAUCGCUCAUUGUUGAGACAAGGAAAUCAAUUUGCCGCCUACAACUUCCGCGAGUAUGCGAAGCGACGGACCCGCGAUGGCUUCCGACAGCACCAGAACGAAAGCGAGGAGAGAAGGAUACAAGAGCUGGUUCAGGAAGGCUUGAAGACGUUGCAAAUGCUGAAGAGACAAACCGUUGUCAGCCAGUUCUACCAGCUUGACCGGCUCGUUGUUGAGGGAGGCAGGACAGGGAAGCAAACGGGUACCGACAGCGACAUUGUGAGACAAAAAGACCAAGGGUGGGAUUGAGCCUAGGUCCGUGACUGAAUUUGGGUCUGCGACUUGAGAAGUGCGACCGAUCAUCACGUCCUAUGGAUAGGGAGCAAGAAAUGACCAGCCUGGAGUAACUCAACACGUCAUAGCGGGGACUGUAUCAUAGCAUGUGCUUAACGGAGGCAUAGAAGGAAAGGUCAAUGUACAAUAUGAGAUACCUCACAGCUACCAUAGAGUCGUUGAUUUUACGACCGCUCGAUCAACACUGGUACAC